UCUUUAAAAGCUAAGAACUGUGCUGAGCUUUACUACUCUGAUCAAAGAAUCAGCGGUGUUUAUACAAUCUACCCUGAUGACAAAGCUCCCUUUGAUGUAUAUUGCGACCAGUCGACAGCUGGUGGAGGAUGGACAGUGAUCCAAAAGAGACUGAAUGGCUCCGUUGAUUUUAACCGCACCUGGGAUGACUACAAACAUGGCUUCGGUAAUUUCCUCGUUGGUGAAUAUUGGCUUGGAUUGGAGAAGAUCCGCCGCUUGACUGAGAAUAAGACAGAAAACAGGCUUCGAAUAGUUCUUGGGGUAAAAGAUACGAAGCUACUGGUUCCUAGAAACACUUUGUACGCUGAAUAUGCGUGGCUUAAAAUUGGAGACGAGGAAGCGAAAUACCAGCUGAACCUUGGAAAUCCUACAAGUAAGCCCAAGGCACUGAAUCAACGUUAACAGCAGCUUCACUUUUAUCAUGAUUAUACGUAACUAGCUUUAUAGGUCUCUAUCCAAAUUUCGACCCAUUCAGUCUCUUCCAAUCCUGUUAUUUACUUGCAAUUCACGUUUGCCAAACGACUCUGUUCACAGCGUGUCUAGUCUAAGUCAUGUAAAGGCCUCUCACACUGAUAAAGCGGCUCGCCUCUUUGUGACUCAAUGGAAGUGUUUCAAGACCACACUAGGUCAAGUUCCGUAUUUGUUUCGUUUUGCUUUUUUUUUUUUUUCAACCUUAAGGUGGUCGUGAUGAUAACAUAUUUUUCCAAUCUUUCCGCUCCUCUACAGAGUAGUAUCUUACGGGCUUAUAUUGAUAUAAAUGCAUAUUUUCUUCAUUUCCCUAUCUUUUAAGACAUGACUGUUAGUCAAGAUUCUCUCAGUUAUCAUAAUGGCUUCAAGUUUGGUACCUUUGAUAAACAUCACGCUGGUCCUCAAUGUGCGUCAAAAAGUGGAGGAGGCUGGUGGUACGAUGUGACAUGCGCUGGGAGGUCAAAUCUCAACGCUGUUUAUAAUGAUGAUGGAUCGGCAAAGAUCUCUUGGGCAGGGCUAGUUCCCGACAGUGCUAUUGACAGUGCUCCCAAGACAACUGAAAUGAAGAUCAGACCUAUGAACUUUUCUUCAAAUUCACUUACUCAUUAG